CCUUGCGAACCAGAGCCGACCUGGGUCCAGAACCGUUGCAGUGUUGUGGCUGCAAGUGCUUGGCUGGCUCAGAAACGCUGCCAUGGCCUCCCUGAAGAGCGAGCAUGGCUUCACCAGGGAUCCGAGCACCGUGGACUUAAGUAUCCACAGCACCAUGGAUACACUGGUGAUGACUUCGUACUUCCUCUUGGUUCUGUUCUUCGGGAUGUGGGCUGUACUGUCACAAAGACGUGGGACAGUAGAAGACUUCUUCCUGGCUGGCCAAAACCUGCCAUGGUGGUUGAUGGGCAUUUCCAUUUAUUCUUCAAAUACUGGCAGUGGCCACUAUAUGGGCCUGGCUGGAAUGGGCGCAGCUUCAGGAAUUGCUGUUGGGGCCCUUGAGUGGAAUACUAUAUUUAUGCUCUUUGUUCUUGGUUGGAUAUUUGUUCCUAUGUAUAGCAAGGCUGAGGUGGUAACGCUGCCAGAAUAUUUGAGGAAGAGGUUUGGCAGCCUCCGGAUCCAGUUCUUCUCAGUCUGCUUCUUUAUCCUCUACAUCUUCAGCAGGAUCUCAAUGGAGAUCAGCUUUGGUGCCAUGUACUUGAAAAUGGUUUGGAACACAGAUAUUUACCAGACAGUGCUGCUUGUGGUGACCAUUACUGGCCUUUAUACCAUCACAGGUGGCCUGGCAACUGUGGCUUAUGUUGAGACCUUACAAGCUGGUAUUAUGCUUUUGGGCUCAGCCUUGUUGGUGGCUUAUGCCAUUCAGGAAGUAGGAGGAUAUCAGGGGCUAUUGAAUAAGUACUUCCAAGCCAUCCCAAAUGUGACCCAACAGGGAAACUGGACUGCCAGGCCACAGUGCUACAUGCCUCGUCAAGAUGCUUUCCACAUCUUCCGAAGCUGUGUCUCUGGAGACAUCCCCUGGCUUGCACUCAUCUUAGGUGCCACUACUGUCUCUCUGUUCUAUGGGUGUGCUGAUCAGAUUUCUGUCCAGAGGUUCCUGGCAGGAAGGAGUAAGCUUCAUAUGAAAGGCGGCUGCCUCUUGUAUGGGUACCUGAAGCUACUGCCCAUGUUCCUCAUGGUGAUGCCAGGGAUGAUCAGCCGCAUCCUGUUCCCAGAUCAAGUGGCAUGUGUUGUACCUUCAGAAUGUCUGAAGUUCUGUGGCCAACGAACCGGUUGUAGUACCCUAGCUUAUCCUGUGCUGGUGCUAGGAGUGAUGCCUUCUGGCCUAAAAGGCUUUAUGAUGUCCACAGUCUGUGCCUCUAUCAUGUCCUCCCUGACGUCCAUCUUCAACAGUUCCAGUGCCCUGUUCACCCUGAACAUUUACACCAGGAUUCGGCCCACAGCCACUGAAAAGGAGAUCAUGGUAGCUGGAAGGUUUUUUGUUAUAAUCUUACUUGCUGUCACCAUUGUCUGGAUCCCCACUAUGGAAAUGGCAUCCAGUGAGGCGCUGUUUGAGUACAUGCUGGUUUUUAAGAGCUGCCUGACACCGAGUGUGACUGCCGUCUUUCUGCUGGCUGUAUUUUGCAAGAGAGUCAACGAGCAGGGUGCCUUCUGGGGGCUGACUUUGGGAACUACAAUUGGUGUCUUUCGACUGCUGGCUGAGUUUUUCUAUGGACCCUCAACCUGUGAGGGAGGCCGCAAGUGCCCCAAAUUCAUCUGUGGCCUUCAUUACCUCUAUUUUGGCUUUCUCCUUUUCCUCAUCACUAUUCUCAUCAUACUGGCCAUCUCCUUAGCCACAAAACCAAUUAAGGAUGAACAUCUCCAUGGUCUCUGCUGGAGUUUACGUAACAGCCGACAGAGGAGGUUGUCUUUAAACAAAGAGAUGAAGUGGAAGGUCUUCCCCAGCUCCACAUCCCAGCAAGGUAUGUUUGGGGAGGCCUCUACCUGCUUCUGGAAGCUCUGGGACUUGUUUUGUGGCCUUGACACACAGUCAGGUUCUGAGAUAGGCCCCGGGAAUAGCACCGAGGAGAAGAUAAAGGCCCUCUGGGAGCAGAUGGAGUCCAGUGACACGUCAGCAGGCUUGGCGGCUCUGGCCAGGAGAAUGGCAGCCAGAAAGGAAGAGGAACACAGAGAGAGGAUGAAGGACUGGAGCGACGUGUCAGAGAGCCCCUUCUGGAAGAGAGUCGUGAAUGUUAGCGGGACCCUUUUGUUUGUGCUGCUGAUUGCUGCUCAUAUCUUCUACGCUUGAUGAUUCAGGGGUUGCUGACUUUCCCCAGACUGCCUCAUCAUGAAGGGAUAAAGUGUUUCCUUUAAAGAGACCCAACAGUAUGGGGCCAAAGAGCACACCAAUGAAAACACUCUCCCAGUGUAUGCCUCAGGCACUAACAGCUGCGGUGCCUGCAUGGACCAGAGACAGGGGACGGAUGUCCCUGUGCUGACGCACUAUGCGUCAGAGGACAUCUGUUCCUCCCAGAGGCGAAUCCUUUUCUCCAAAUGACUGCACUGUCUAAGCACUGGAUUUCCUUUUAAACUUAAUGUUUUAAAGUUUAAACUUUUAUCUCUGAUAUUUUUGGGUUUUAAUACACACACACACACACACACACACACACACUUUGCUUGUGUCAAACUCUCAGCACCUCUUUCCUGUCCCCACUCAGUAUCACUUUACGGUCGACUCAUCUUGAAGGCAUGGCCCUGCUGAAAUGACGCCAGUGGCGUAAGUCCAGCCCCACCCUUGCCCGUGAGCAUUCGACCACAGGUGUUGGGCCAAUGCUGAUGACCCCUCAGGCCAGGGAGCAACAGCUGCCUCCUUUAGCUGGUCAAGGGCUGCUCUAAAAGAAUUGGUCUCAUACCGUUUACCACCAAAUGGCUUCUGCUGCGCUGAGCCCUAGAGGGCAGGGGGAGGGCACACUCCUUCCCUAUGAGCUCUUCCUAGCCACACCCCAAGUCUGACAGUAAAAGAGGGGCCUAUGGGUAAGAUUAUUUUUAUUUAUUUAUUUUUUGAUUUUUCGAGACAGGGUUUCUCUGUGUAGCUUUGCGCCUUUCCUAAGAUUAUUUUUAACCAACAGGUCCAGACGCUUCUGGGCUAUGUCGCUAUGGGAAUUUCCUAUACCUCUCUUUCCUCUUCCUUCUUAUUGGACCAUAAUAAAUAAUCUGUGUCUUUA